AUGGGUACGUAUCUUCAACAAGAGUUCAGCUUGCCGCCAUCGCUAGGAAUGGAUCCUUUCAGAUCCCAUCUUGUGAAUUUACUAUACCUCUGUCAAGCGGGUCCUCCUGCAGUGCCCUCGCCAACUUACGACGACCCGUCCGAUGAGUCGACUGACACCAUCCUCAAACCUCUUAGGCAGUCUCACAGAGAGGUUUAUAAUGGACCCCUCGCACCCUACCUGGCGCCAGAUGCGCAGGGAGAUCUCCCCGGGCAACAAGUUGAGACCGAUGGCAUCCGAUCGUUCUCUCCCGCCAGUGCCACGCGCAGGUCAAUCUCUCUGCGAGGAAACGAGACUCCAUUAACUCAAAGCUCGAUGGUAUCAAACCUUGCCUUCUUGACCGCCCCAUACUUCCCAACAUCAACGCCACCUAAUCCCUUGCUUACUCCCAUGAAUCCGCUCGCUGCGACAGCAUACGAAAGCGGAGCGAGUGUCCUAGAGGAGAUGCGAAUGCUGAAAUCACAAGUUGGAGAUAUCGCCAGAGUGUGUAGUUCUGUCACACGCGGUGGUUUAAGUCAGAAAGUAACGACCCCAGUGCAAGGCAUGGUUAUGUCUCAACUCAAGGACGUCAUCAACAACAUGGUCGACAAGCUCGGGCAAUUCUCCAAGGAGGUCGCUCGUCUCAGUUGUAGGGAAUGCAGUGGCGAAGUAUCAGUUCCGAGCUUUGAAGGCACAUGGAGGGAUCUGGCUGGCAUCGUCACAAAACUAGCAGCGAAGCAUAUUAGCCAGACCUGA